AUGCCACCAUUUAAUUAUUCAAGUAAUUCAGUUCGUCGACUUGAUUUACAAAAUAUUGAUCGACCUUACAAUCAUCGUCAGUGUAUUAUAUUGAGUCGUUCAUCAUUAGGCAAACAAUGUGAAGUACUUUCAAUUACAGUUAAAUAUCGAAAAAGUAUACUCUAUCUUCUUCGUAAAAUGACAAAUCUUCGAGCAUUGAAUUUUGUAUCUCAAGAAGAUCCAUGGACAGAUCGAAAUAAAGAUUCCUCAUCUUUGUCGGAUGAAGAUGAUCGUACCGAUGACGAACUUAUUGCGUGGUUAAAAGAUUGUUUACCGUCUACUUAUACGAUUACGAGAUGUACUGAACAAAUUAUUCAAUGGGGAACUUUGACUAUUGGCAGCCUGUACGAUUGUGGAUUGGCUGACUAG